AUGGGUCUCAACAACCCCCUCCCGUCGUCCAUGGCGUCGGAGUGUAGAAAAUGCGGGAAAAUCCUGACCUCCUUCAUCGACCCGCGGCAAGCCUUUGGUCCCGACAAGAUCAUCCCACCGUCCGUCCUCGCAAACGCCAAGGGCCUUGCCAUCCUCACUGUUCUCAAAGCCGGCUUCCUCGGCUCCGGUCGCUUCGGCAGCGGCCUCGUCGUUGCUCGCCUACCCGAUGGCAGCUGGAGCGCACCCAGCGCCAUUGCCACGGUCGGCGGCGGCUUUGGCGGCCAGAUCGGCUUUGAGCUGACCGACUUUGUCUUCAUCCUCAACGACGCCAAUGCCGUCAAGACCUUUGCUCAGGCCGGCUCCCUGACCCUUGGCGGCAACGUUUCCCUCGCAGCCGGUCCCGUCGGACGCAAUGCCGAGGCUGCCGGUGCUGCCUCGCUGCGCAGCGUCGCCGGCAUCUUCUCCUACUCCAAGACAAAGGGUCUCUUUGCCGGUGUCUCUCUCGAGGGCUCUGGUAUCAUCGAGCGCCGCGACGCCAACGAGAAGCUCUACGGCACCCGCUACACUGCCCAGCAGAUCUUGUCUGGUGGCGUUGCGCCGCCGCCCCAGUCCCAGGCUCUCAUGACCAUUCUCAACGGCCGCGCCUUUUCCGGCCUCGGUCGCAGCGGCUCCGUCGCCGGCAACGACCCCAUGUACAAUGACUCGCCGGUCUACGACAACAACCACGACGACGUUGUCUGGAACGGCCGUCGCGGUGAUGCCAUGGGCGAGGGCAUCUCGCGCCGCGAAAGCCAAUAUGGCGACAGCCAGCGCGACGACGGCUUUGGCGGGCCCAAGCGCAGCAGCACUUGGCAGGACGAUGUCUAUGAUCGUCCCUCGGGCGGAGGCGGUGGCAGCUUCGGAGGCGUAUCGCGGUCCAACACAUUCGCAUCCCGUCGCGACGAGGAUGACGGCGUCUUUAGCAACAGCAGAACAAACAGCGGCUUCGGCGAGUCCAGGACCGGCCCCGGCCGGCCGACGGCGGCGAAACCCAAUUUUGCGCCCAAGCCGGCGCAGCUGCGACAGAACGAGGCCUUGGCCGUCUUCACCUUUGACGCGGACCAGCCGGGCGACCUCGGCUUCAAGAAGGGCGAGGUCAUUACUGUGACGAAGAAGACUGACAGCGCAAAUGAUUGGUGGACUGGUCAGAUCGGCGGCAGGACCGGCAUCUUUCCCAGCAACUACGUCAAGAUGAAGGAGUAG